AAAAGACAGAGCCAGUAGUCGGUAAUCAACUCAGGACAACAUGGGCAGUGAGGAGAUUCUGAGGCACCUGCGUUGGUACCUCACCACUGAGCCAACGCCCCAGGGUCGGUUGGAGGCCGAGUUUGGCAGCUCGCAAGGCCCUGCGGGGCUUUACGUAGCGAGCUCCCAGCCGAAGCGGCGGCAAGCUCCGGCAGCAGCUCCGGCAGCAGCUCCAGCAGCAGCUUCAGCAGCAGCUCCGGCUGCAUCUGCGCCUCCAGAUCUAACGCCCAAAAAUCUUUCGCCAGGUCUUGACAUACUCAUUGACUGGUUGGUGGAGGAGGUUGAGGAUAAGCAGUUGAAGGAAAGAGCUGCCAAGUGGCGAGGGGUGAAGGUGAAAAAUCCUACUGGUCGAGGAUCAGGGCUGUUGAAGAGGCGUGGUUGUGAAGGUCCUGAGGCUAUGGACCUCUAUGUGUCCUGGAUAGUGGCUGCUUUACGGGACUUUCCAUAUCUUAGUAUGCCUGAGGGCAGGGACGCCGGAAUUUGGAUUCGAGAUGAAGUUAUCGCCAAGGUCUUCGAGGAACGCUGGGAUUUCUACAACAACAAGAGGCUGCAAGGUUUUGACCUGGAAGAGUUCUACGAGGUCUUGCGGAUCCUGCUGAAGUGGCUGAAAGAUAUCCAGAAAGAGCUCAAAGAGGACUGAUGAAGCGAAGACGGACGCAUCCGUGAGAUGCUGUGAGAGGGACUGCGAUGGACCACUGCGGUGUGCCCAGCCGGUCCUCCCAAAAA